GGCGAUUUGGCGAUACUUAAAUCUGUCUGUCAGUUGUUCCUGUUUUCGUCAUUCAUUUUCAUUGUUGUCUUGUUCAUUUUUUACUGUUGAUUAUUUUGUAUUGUAACUUAGAAAAGCUCAAAAGCCAUAAUAAUAGGUCUAAAGUCAAAUAUUUUGUGCUCAAAAUAUCACUGCGAUACGGUGCUAAAACUGAAACCCUUCAAAGUGUUUGUGAUGUGUCUUAACAAAAGUAUCAAAAUGUCUAUUGUAUUAUAUACGCUUUAAUUUACCUUAAAUUAGGAACGAAGAGUACCUAUAUUGUGUAAGGUGUUGGAUUACAAUCGCGAAUUUUCAACACUAUUACAAUGGAAAUAGUCCAAAAACCAGAAGUACGGCCUAAAAAUGGGAUGAGUUAUACGCGUGAUGAGAUGAACAAUGAAGUGUCUUCGUCCAGCGAUGAGCAGCAACACAACGAUCCGGUCACAAAGUUCAACAACUUCUACAAGACAAGGUACGCUGAGACAGCAGUAUCAGAUAACGAAGCUAACGAGCCUCGAAGACCAAUACAAUCACGAAGCCACCACAAAAGCAUGGGCAACAUCAACGAAGCAUACAGGAAUAUGAAUAAGAAAAUCACUAAAGUACAAAAUAGCAUAAGCAAUAUAGACCUCAGCCUUCACAGCACAGAGAUUAAAAAGUUUGAGUCGUUACAAAUACCAAUAGUCGGUUAUGAAGUGAUGGAGGAAAGAGCUAAGUUCACGAUUUACAAGCUCAAAGUUGAGGAUGACAAAAGGGACCAAUCUUGGUUAGUUUUCAGAAGGUAUACGGAUUUUGUUCGGUUAUAUUCUAGAUUAAAAGCUGAACUACCGAACAUUAUACUUCCUCUGCCAGGCAAGAGAUGGUUUAGAGAUAAUUUUGAGCCCGCAUUUUUAGAAGAGAGGGUACGUGGUUUACAAAUUUUCGUGAACGCGCUUUUGAACAAGUUACCAAAUCAUCCGGUUAUAAGGGAAUUCUUCUGUUUGGACGAGCCUCCGCAGGUAUUUACGUAUCAGCCUGAGGUACAAGCAGUGUACGGAGCCCUGGAAGAUUCAAUAACUACGUUGAAAAUGAAGAUCAAGCAGAAGGAUGCUACGAUAACGCAUCUACAGAAGCGCAUCGCUCAGUUGGAACUGCAAGCUAAGAAUUGUCCAAAUUGCAGUCAAAGUACAAAUUAUUAAUUCUUUAUUAGAUUUUGUGAGGAUUUGUUUUUUUGACAAAAUUGAUGUUAAAACUAUAAAUAUUUGGGGCCAUUUUUACCAGACGUUAGCAUCAGUUUGACUGUUGACUUUUUGUACAAAAAGAACUGACUCAUAUCCUCGAACUCGAUAUCCUCCUUUUUUGAAAUCAGUUAAAUUUCUUAAACCUACAAUUUCCUAAAAAAACCGCAUCAAAAUCGGUUCAGCGAAACGCAAGAUAAUCGCGGACAAACAUGUAUACAUACAAGUCAAGCUGAGAGCCAGUUCUUUUUUAAAGUAAAAUAGACUUCAUUGGUCUGAGAAAAUGUACAAAGUUUUGUGAUAUAUGUUCGGAUAUUAAUUCUAUAUUUGAAGGAAUUGAUGUAAUUUUUUAUGUAAAUAUUGCAUUUGAUUAGGUACAAUGUACAAGCAACUAGUAAUUGUUAGUUUAACUAAUAUUUAAAAAAAAAAAACAAUAUUGUAUUAGUUUAAUUAAUAUUGCACCAAUUUUGUAAUUUCAAUCACUUUGAAAGAGCUUUUUGAAUGAAAAUAAACAUAAAUGAAUGUGUUGUUGGAUUAAUUAGUUAUAAUAUUAUGAUAACCAAAAUCAUUUAAUACGCUAUGUUUAGCCUAUUGUGCUGUUGUCGGUUGUUUAAUUAUAAUUGUAAGGUGCUAUGUAUCUCAAUAUUUUACCGUAUAAGAUGUGUGUUCUAUAAUAUAAACUAACAAAAUUGUUAAAUUAAAUGUUGGUUGCGCUAGAAGAAAUUGUAACGAGCUGUCAAAUCUCCCGGUUAAGCUUAACCUGAGUUGCACCACUUAAAUGAUUCAAUCAAAUUUGAUGUUUACUAUUACCAAAGCUGUCGUGUAAUCCAAAUUUUAGAAAGCUGAUUUACCAUCUUUGAUAAGGCAUAUGACUUAUCUUUCCCCCUAUAAGGUUAAUCAGGAAGAUAGGAAGAGAGGCAAGGCAAAAGAUAUUCUUUUAGGCGAUGGGCCAGCAACCUGUCACUAUUUGAAUCUCAAUUCUAUCAUCAAGCCCACAAGAUGAACGUGGCCUAUCAGUCUUUUCCAGACUGUUGGCCCUGUCUACCCCGUAAGGGAUAUAGACGUGACUAUAUGUAUGUAUGUGCUAUAUAUACUCUGCACAUGAUUCGGCGACGAUAACCGAAAGGUUGGUAGAAAUCACAGUAACAUUUACACAUGGGUGUAAGUCUUACUGUGAUUUCCUUUAUAAUGGUAACUCAUUUUCGCAUUUAUAAGUAGAUUAAUAUUAUUUUGAAUGGGAUAAUAGGCAACCGUUCUGAUUCAAUACUUAAUACGUAUCUUAACGUAUAUAACGUAUCUUAACCCGCAUUAUCAACAUAUCCGCGUGGAACUCUGCACGUAAUAGAGCAGCAUUUCCAGUGAAAUCGGGUGUUAAAUCUGCUUACCGUGGCGUUUCGUGAAGGCGUUAUUUUUAUAUACCUACAGUACAAGCAAUAUUACUAAUAUGUGCCUUAACCUUGUGUACAACUGUUAUUUCAUCAAUGUAUUGGUCGCGUGGACGGACAAGACUUAAUUUUUCAUUCUAAAGGUGGAUAAGUGUUCAUUAAAUUUGAGAAGUUGAUUAUAUUUGCGG